AUGAGGAAGACCUUAACCGCUCUUUGUUUUGGACCCCUGACUUUGUUUUCUGUAAUGAUGCUUUUAGAAUCAGUUCAUGGACGACCUUAUCUGAUCCCAGAGAAUGAAUUUUUCCCAGACAAAGAAGUUAAAAAUCGUGAGGAACUACUGAUGAUGCUACUGAAUAAAACCUUUGAUUUUCAAAGUCCUCCCAACAUUGGUGUAGAACUGGUUCACAAAUGGCAAGAACUUAACCAGCUGGAGAAGCUGAAAGAACAGCAUAUGAGGGCAAAGAAUGCCGAACUGUCAUUUCUUGGAAAUGAUGUAUCCUCUUCCCACCCUAAAAAACGAGCUUGCUUUUGGAAGUACUGUGUCUAAAGCUUUUUCACUGGAUACAGAAAAGAAAUAAAAACCAAAAG